AUGGCAUUUUCAGAAGGCAACAACCAGACCGUGGUUAAUGAGUUUAUUCUUAUUGGCUUCUCUAAGAGACCAGACCUACAUAUAUUUUUAUGUGUAGUGUUUUUAUUCAUUUAUCUAACUUCUCUUUUGGGAAAUACUGGUAUAAUAUUUAUUGUGUAUAGCCAUACCCGGUUUCAUACUCCCAUGUACUUUUUCAUAAGUAACCUUUCCUUUAUUGACCUUGCAUACUCAUCAGAUAUUGACCUGAAGAUGCUAGCUGGACUGUUUUUUGAUCAAAGAUCUAUUUCCUACAUUGGCUGUGCUAUACAGCUUUUCUUUUUUUGUGCUCUUGGAAGUACUGAAUGUAUCCUUUUAGCUGUUAUGGCUUAUGAUCGUUAUGUUGCAAUCUGUAAUCCAUUAAACUAUACCUUGGUAAUGCAGAAAAAGAUCUGCCUGGGACUAAUGUCUGCAGCUUAUACAGCUGGUGUCUUGCAUUCUGUAAUCGAGACUGGUUUAACCUUUCAUCUUUCCUUUUGUGCAUCUAAUGUCCUCUACCAUUUUGUUUGCGACUUCCCUCCAUUAUUAAGUAUCUCCUGCACAGACACUACUGUUAAUGAGAUUGUUCUGUUCAUCUUCUCAUCUUCCGUCACAAUUCCUUCUACUGCAGUGAUUUUGAUGUCAUAUGUCUCAAUUUCCAUAGCUAUUCGACGGAUAACUGCUAGGGAGGGAAGACAGAAGGCUUUUUCUACCUGUGCCUCCCAUAUCACAGCAGUUGCAUUAUUUUAUAGCACAGUCCUCUAUGUAUAUCUCAGUCCCAAAUCUUCCAGAGAUAAUGUCAAUAUGGCAACCAUCUUUUAUACAGUGGUACUACCCAUGUUAAAUCCAAUGAUUUAUAGUUUAAGAAAUAAAGACUUUAAAACUGCUUUAAAAGCAGUAUCCUACAGACAGUGCUGCCACAUAGACCUUAGAUGA